GAGUGCUGCUCUAAGCAGGCAAGAACCACGGUGUCUCGCACACAUGCUGCUGGGCUUAUUCUUUGCUGGCUCUGACCAGCCAACCCAGGACGUGUCAACAAGGAAAGGGAAUUGAAGCUGAAGCAGAACAGUAUACAGGGUGUUUAUCUGUUUGUUUUAAAACAGGUGAGAUGUUCUUUUCAUGGAAUGCAUUCUUAACCAUUUGGCUUCUUUCAUGGACAGGAAUAGGUGUAAACUUUGGAAGUGUGGAGGACUGUGAUGAAGGAAGCAUGAAUGCUAGCUCCACAGAUGUAUCCCGUGGAUCAAAUGUGACUCUCUCCUGCUUGAUAAACAGAAACAAAUUGGGCCAUGUUUGGGACACAUAUGAAAUAGCCAUUUUUCAAAAUGGAUCAAAAGUAAACAGGAGUUAUGGCUGUUCUGUCAAUGCUCAUGUUUUAAUGCACACCUUUGGAAAGCAGACCUUUGAAUGUAAAUCUGCGGGACGAGUGUCAAGACUGCUCAUAUGUGGAAUUUACAUCAAUGUUGGAAUACCUCCAGACCAACCAAAAAAUGUGUCCUGCAUUCAGUAUGGGAAAAAUGGAACUAUGACUUGUACCUGGAAGGAAGGAAGAUAUACAUACUUUAAUACACUCUAUGAGCUACAGCUAAUAAAUGGAACCACUAAUAACACACCGUUUUUAAGAAAGCAUUCUAUAUCUGGUUCAGUGGAUCUUGUAGUGAAGCUUGGUUUUGAAUCCACUUACACAGCUGUGGUUAUUGCCUCAAACAAAUUAGGGAAUGCUGCCUCCCUACCAUUUCAAUUCACAUUAUCUGACAUAGUGAAACCUCAUUCCCCACUGGAUAUCUCUGUGGAAUUUGAUGGCUUGGAUGGAACAAACAGCACUCUUUUUUGGCAAGAUCAACAAGACACUCAACUCUUCAGAAUAAGAUUCAGACUAGUUAACAGUAAUUCCUGGAUUAUGCUUGAAAAUAUAACUGCUAGAAGUUAUGACCUACAUGACCUGAAGCCAGACACAGAGUAUGAGUUCCAGGUGUCCUGCAAGUUCUUUCUUGACAAAGGCUUAUGGAGCGACUGGAGCAAGCCAUUGCAAACAGAAGCAGUUCGCCUGAGCACAGGGAUUGGCAACGCCGUGGUUUCUUCUUUGGGUGUUGCUGGCGGAGGCCCUGGUACUGAGGGGGAAUCCCACGGCUGGACUGGGUCCUCCAAGGUUUCUGGCGCUGAUGGUGGUCCCGCUUCCCAGGCCUUGGGCUGCACUAUGUCAAACUUUGGAAUGGAGUUUUGCAAUCCAGAUGCGGCAGCCAUGAUCGGGCUGGAUGGUGGUGCCUGUUGCACGGCGGCACUGGAGCUUGUGCCACUUGGGCCAUUUGAUAUCUGGUACUUCAAGAAGGAUAUAUCCUCCCAAAUGGAGAAUAUUACUCUUUUUUGGAAGAAUAUGAACCCAUCAGAAACAAGAGGGAAAAGCCAUCCUUGCAGAGUGACCUUUCGGGCCCUGAACCAGAAGCCUCACCAAGUAACAGAAGCACAUUGUGCAACAAAGAGCGUUUUCUCACAAGUCAUGCCUAUAUCAGACUACAAAAUCACAGUUUAUUACUACAACUCAAGAGGGAUCUCCCCACCCAUCUACAUCACUACUGACCUAGAAAUUUCAGAUCUGCUGUCUCCUUCCAAUCUCACAGCUGCAUCAAUGGGGAAUGGCAGCAUCUUUCUUGCAUGGACAGCACCUCCUGUGCCUUCCUCUUUCAUUAAUGGAUAUGUUGUGGAAUGGGCAGAGCCUCAUCAAGCCUGGGAGACCCACUCAAACUGGCUCAAGAUUCCUGUAACCAGCUAUACAAUAAUAACAGAGCCCCUAAAGCCUUAUGUGUGCUAUCACAUCCAUGUGUUUGCACUUUAUGGGAACAGAGCAGGAAAAGCAAUUUGCACUACGGGAGAUGCAUCAUCAAAAGUUCCAUUAAUUGGACCACAUAUUAAUACAACAGUAAGAAAUGGGAGCAUAUUUGUCUUCUGGACAGAAAUUCCAGAAGAGCUGCAAGUGGGCUGUAUUGUUAGCUACAAGAUAUAUAUGCAGCAGAAAUCACCCAAUGUGGAUGCUGAAGUCUAUGACAUUCCUAAAGCAGCUCCACAGCCAUUUUCCAUUAAAAAUGUCCAGGCUGGUGUUGCAUAUAUUUUAUGGAUGACAGCUUCCACCAAGGCUGGAGAGGGUCCUAAAGGGAAUGAAAGCUUUGCAUUUACCAAUGAACCUAGCUGGGCUCCUGUUGUGGUCCUUUGCAUUAUAGGUCUUUUCAUCAUGGCCUGCUGUGCAAUGUAUGCAAGGCUACAGGGUUUCUCACUUUUCUCUGGGUGGUAUAAUAAAGCUGUUCCAGAUCCUGCCAAUUCUUCAUGGGCUAAAAAAUUUACAUCUGUGGAGAAUGAGCUGAGUUCACAUUCCAGCCUGUUCCUAAACAAUCCAGACAACCUGGAAGAGCCUGAAACUCUACAAAUAGAAGAAGUCUUGAUAAAAAGACAGUCUCAUGGUUUUGAGGAUGUGCUGUUCUCUGAAAUAAUAGAAAAAAUUGAAAGCCACACAUGGCCAACUGAGAGUGAUACACUAGAUCAGCACCAGUUACUCUUCUUAUACAAGAAAGUUUCACCUGAAGAACCAAAUCAGGACCAAGUAUUUUCCGACUACCUUGUCAACCCUCUUGAAGAUACAACAGUAGACUAUUUGCCUUCAACCAUUCUGCCCACCAUCACAAACACAGCUGAAGAUGACAGUGAAGCAGAGUUCGAUUCAUUUAAUAUUUUCUCAAGAACUUUUCUAUCUCAGACAUUUUCUCUUUGUGGAAAGCUUACUCUAGAUGCCAUAAAAGUGGAUUGUAAUUCUUUCACAGAUUAA